AUGAAAUUAUUUUGGUUUGUGAUAUUUCUUGUACAAUGUUUUAUUUGUAUUCAUGCUAAAUGGGCACGUGAUGUUGAUUCGAAAAUUGUCGACGAAAUUAAACAAAAUCCGUCCAUUGCAUAUUUAAUUCAAUUUCAUGCACCAUGGUGUGGACAUUGUCGAAAAUUUGAACCUGUUUAUGAAGAAAUAGCAAAAGAAGUCUAUGAUUUAUCAACUAGUGUUGAUGAAUUUAAAAAUGUUCGUAUUGUACGUAUUGAUGCUACUGUUUAUACAGAUGUUGCUAAUCGUUAUGAUGUACGUGGUUAUCCAACAAUAAAAUUUAUUCGUGGUUCACAAGUAUUUUCUUAUGAAAAUGAACGAUCAAAACCAGCUGUUUUAGAUUUUUUACGACGUGUUAAUGGACCUGCUUUACGUUGGAUACCAUCUAUAGGAAAAUUUAAUGAAAUACGUCGUGAACAUGAUGUUUUCUUUAUGUAUGUUACAACAAAUCAUGAUGAUGAUGAUAAUUUAUUUAUUCAAUAUAAAAAUAUUGUUAAUCAAUUAUUAAGUCAAACAUAUUUUUAUGCAACAAAUGCUUCAAUUGUACAACAAACAUAUUUUUCAAAAUAUAAAACAGAUUCUAAAUCACAAAUAUUUGCUAUAAAAACUGAAGGAUUUUAUUUAUAUAAACCCGAUGAUUAUAAUAAUAAUUUAGAACAAUUUAUAAUUAAAGAAAAAGUUGCUACAUUUCCACAAGUUUCAUCAGGAAAUAUACAUGAUUUAAUUGUAACAAAAAAAAUUGUUAUUAUUUAUGGAUUUAAAGAUCAACAUGAAGUAUUUGCUCAAAAACAAAAAAGAAACGAACUAAAAACUCAAAUGCGCAAUUAUAUGAUGAAACAUUUAUCAACACUUCGUGAUACAUUCCAAUUUUCAUGGUCAAAUGAUCUUGAUUUACUCAGUAAUAUUGCUGUAUGGACACUUGAUGAACCUUUAAUUUUUCUUUAUGAUAGUAUUUUACAUAAAUAUGGUAUUUAUCCAUUAUCAUCAAUGAUUGAUAGUAAUAUUCAAUUAGAACCAAUUCUUGAUUAUAUUAUUAAAAAUCAUACAGAUAUUAUUCAAUAUUCAGGUGAUGCAUGGUCUAAACGUAUAUUUCGUCCUUUUUGGGAAUUAUAUCGUACAGUAAUCUUGAUGUUUAUUGAAGCACCAUUUGUAUCAUUACUUAUUAUUGGUAUUCCUGCAUCUAUUAUAUCCAUCAUAUGUUAUUGUUUAUGUUGUUCAUCAAAUGACAAUUCAUCAGCUAAAACAAAAAAUUCUAAGAAGAAAAGAAAAAAUGGACAACUUGUUGAACAAGAUGAUGAUGGACAACAUAGUAUUGGUGAAGAUGAUGAUGAAGAAUAUGAAGAACGUAUUGUUCAUAUUGAACCAAAAUUUAUUGAAAACUUUGUUAAACCAAUUGAUGCACGUGAUAUACCAACAUGGCCAAUGAUGACAGAUGACAAUCAAAAAACAAUGACUGAAAAAAAGAAAGAUUAA